UGUUCAUGGAGCUGCUCUGUACUGUGGCUGUUUGGUUAGGUUGGUCGAGCACAUUGCAAAUUUGCAAGGACUGCUGCGCUACAGCAGACUUCAUCACAAACACACGCAGCCCGCCAUGAAUCCACACCAAGAACAGCAAGCUGCUCUCCUCAACCGAAUCGCCCUCAAUGUCGAAAAACUGAAUGAUUCCCUCGAACAACUCAACGAAAAACUGGCCCAAGUGAACGACCAAAACCAGCGAACGGUGCUUAUUGCAGAAAUCUGGAACGCGUACUCCAAGAGUGCGCACAUCAUGCUGGAGGGGCUUGGCGGGAUCCAGCCUCCAGAGUAAAAACAGGACCCCAUUCUUUCCCAUUGAAAGAGAGAACGCUUGCGUUAUCAUUGUAAACAUUAUCGAGCAUUGUACUAUAGCGAAUAAAGACCAUUCAAGCACAACGCG